UUUAGUAGUUUAGAGACAUAAGAAUGAAAUAUGAAAGAGUUUCUGAUCCCUUAGCCUUGUUACAUGCACGGGCUGCCUUUAAUAAUAUUUAUUAUAUAAAAUACAAGCAACAUAAAAAAACCCGGAACGAACCAAUAUUAGGUGGCAGGCCUGUGGAUAUGUUUUUGGUUUUCGACCUUAUUAACCAUUAUGGCGGUAUUGAAAAGGUGUACAAUUCUCGCUCCUUCGGAAUUAUAUCCAAAUUUAUCAGGCUUUCUCCCACAGCCACAAGUGCAGGCCAUUCUUUGAAUCGUAUAUAUCGCUUCUAUUUGUCUCCCAUUGAGCGUGACCUACUUGAGGCUCUAAGCCAAGUUUACCUCAACUUUAAAAAUUUAAAGUUUUCAAGGACCAGAGUUUCGAAGGCAGAGAAUUCUACUCUUACUGAAGUAGAAGCGGCCGUGGUGGAAGCUCGCUUGCCAGUUUAUGAUAUGGAGGAUACAGAAAUACUGCAACCGUAUUUUUACAAAUACCAUAAAGAUCACACGGAUCUUUAUUUAGACGUCAGAAACCACCUCAUUAGACUUUGGUAUCACAAUGUUGCCUCGCGUUUGGAAUGGAAUGAUGUAAAGAGGGGAAUACCCGUUGUUUUCAGAGAUCUCGCUUCCAAAGUUUUUGAAUUUUUAGAAAUUGAAGGUUUCAUAAACUUUGGUGUCCUUCCCCUAAGAAGAAAUGUUAUAUCGGUUCCUAGAAGCAGUCUCCGUAAAAAAAAAGUUAUUGUGGUGGGCGCAGGGAUUUCCGGUUUAGUAGCCAGCAGGCAUCUUCAAACUUUUGGUUUUGAAGUACUUUUAUUGGAGGGCGCCUCGAAAAUUGGAGGUAGAGUUGAGUCUUCAUGUGAAAUCUUCGGGGCUCCUGUUGAUCUUGGCACGAUGCUCAUAACUGGAUUAGAACAAAAUCCGAUGGCCGUUCUUUGCAAACAACUUAAUAUACCACUUCAGGUUCUACGCGUGACCUGCCCGCUCUUUGAUGUGAACGGAAAUUUGGUUAGUUCUUCUGAAGAUGAAGCUGCAGAGGAUCUUUUUAACGAAGUACUUGAGAGGAGUGGAAAAGAGAAAAGUAAAAGCACGCGCCCUGAUAAAUCCCUUCAGGCAUCCGUCGAGGAAAUCUUGGCGGAUAAAAAUAUAUCACUAUCGACGCGCGGGAUCACCACUCGGCUGCUUUCCUGGCAUAUUGCUAAUUUAGAAUACGGUUGCGCUGCUCCGUUGAACCGCGUCUCCUGGAAACACUGGAACCAGGAUGAUCCUUUCGAAUUUGAAGGCGAACAUGUACUGGUGAAAAGUGGAUUCAGUGCUAUUGUCGAAGGGAUCUUCAUAACUUUUUUAAACCAUUAAUAUUGGACUGAUAAAAGUUUUUUUUUGUUUAACUCCUACAGGACUG